AUGGCUGUAGAGGCCUCUGAGCUUAUUGUUCCUCUUGUCGGCGCUGUACAGGCUGCUUUUUCGGUCCUCUUAACCAUCGCUUUUGGUGUUCUCGCUGCGCAAUGCAAUCUGCUGUCCGUGAAAGCAGCAAAAGAGGUCUCGAAACUUUGCGUACGCAUGUUUCUACCUGCACUUUUGAUCUAUAAAAUCGGGUCAAAUUUACAACAGGAUACUGGGCUUCGAUAUGUACCAAUUUUGAUAUGGUCGAUUGCCUACACCCUCCUUUCCGUCCUCCUGGGUCGAACCCUUACCCGCAUCUUCAAACUCCCGGCAUGGGUUACACCAGCCAUUGCUUUCAAUAACACGACGAGCCUUCCAAUUCUUUUAAUACAAUCACUCAAACAAACUCGAAUCUUAGAUGCCAUACUUAUUGGUGGAGAAUUAGGGAGUGCUGCGUUGGAUCGUGCUGAAUCCUACUUUUUGAUAAACGCCAUGGUUAGCAACUCGUUAACCUUUGCAUUGGGCCCGAGACUAUUGAAGCCAGGAGACGAAGACGCAUCAGAGGACGAAGAUGGACUAGAAGAGAAUGGGGUUGAAGAAACCGAGCAGAAUGAUGAGAAUGGUGACAUUGAGCGAGGGCCCGAAGGCAUCAUCAAUGAGCAGACUUCACUUUUGCCACGGCGGAUAACUCGCCCAACAAACAAACUGGAAAAGACGGGCUACCUAAAGACUUUAGACUGGUACAAUGGUCUAUCGCCCUGGAUACAAGAGACUCUUGAUAUCGCCUGGCAGUUUGCCAAUGCUCCUCUAAUGGGUGCCAUCGUGGGUGCCAUUAUUGGGCUUACGCCUGCGCUCCAUAAGCUUUUUUUCAGCCCCAGCAAUGAAGGCGGCUACUUUAAUGCUUGGCUCACCACGUCGAUUAAAAAUAUUGGAGAUUUGUUUGCAUCGAUGCAAAUCAUCGUGGUUGGAGUAAAGCUCAGUCAGAGCAUGCUCAAGAUGAAGCGUGGAGAGGACAGUGGAGAAGUUGCCAAGGGCAGCCUAGCAAUUGUUACAUUUCUUCGCUUCAUCUUAUGGCCAUUGAUUAGCAUACCGCUCAUUUGGGCCAUGGCGUCCAAGACCAAGCUUUUGGACGCCGAUCCCAUGCUGUGGUUUUCCAUGAUGCUCAUGCCAACUGGGCCUCCCGCGAUGAUUCUCGUCGCCCUCACCGAUGUGACGGGAGCGCCAGAGUCGAUGAAAAUGACCAUUGCAAAGUUUUUGACCAUUAGUUAUGCGAUUACGCCCAUGAUUUGCUUUGCAGUAGUCGGCGCGCUGAAGGCUACAGAGGCUGCCAUUGCGGCAUGA